AUGAUACAUUACAAAUAGACAGCACUCUACAUACCUUAGUUACAUUGCGUGCAUUUUUUUCAUUGAAACAUCCACAGCUGCCAGCAACCAGCGGAACUAUUUGGAGACCGCUGUUGUUAUUUAGUAGCCGGAUAUAUACAUAUAAACAUACAUAUUUUAGAUAGUGCACUUUGAUUUAUUUUGAUCGAUAUUAAUAUGGCAAGUGCAAUCGGAAAAUGGAAGAUAUUUCAGUCUGAAAAUUUUGACGAGUACAUGAAAGCUAUAGGAGUUGCAGAUGAGAAGCGAGCCGAGGCUCACAAAUUUCUGUCCGACGGCUCGAACAUGACCCAGGAAAUAUCCGACAACGCCGGAACUUGGUCCAUCAAGACAACGACAGUGGCCGGUGAAAAAACGUUAACGUUUAAAUUAGGGGAGGGGCUUGAUACGAUGACGCUAGACGGGAGAAAGAUAAAGGUGGUGUUUUCGGUGGAUGGAGACAAGCUUGUGGAGACGCAAACAGGAGACGGGUUUCAGUGUACGCACGUUCGACACGGGGACGUGAACACACUGACAAUUACCCUGACCGGAGGUGGUCAAACGUGUACAAGAAAGUACAUAAAAUGCUGAAUUCUAAACCAUUCGUCAGAUAGCUUGUGAUAGUUUGUUCUGUAUAGAGCCCGUGGUGUAAGCAAAAACAAAACGUAUAUUUAGCCUUUUGACUCCAACGAGCAUGUAUCCUUGAGAACGGAUGAAUUGAAACAGUUGAGACAAAGUUUGAAGCUACAUUAUUGACAAUAGUUUCGAUAUAGUUUUAGCUUUUUAUCACCAUUUGAAAUUUUCCGUUUAAGCUUCAUUCGUUGCUUUCCGAAUGUAAGAAGCUAUGUGCCUUCGUUCUAAUAUUUCAAUGUGUGUGUGCACUGUUGCAGUUUUUAUCAGUUUUUUUCGAGUAUGUUUGUGUGCUUCUUUUAAUAUGUUGUGUUGUUAAUGUUGCGUACAAUAUACAUGCAUUUAAUGAAACCAAAUUUCUUCAUGUUGCUAUUGGUUUAGUGAUUUUUUAGUUGACAUGUAUGCGACAAGUCGUCGUAUAUGUGUGCAUUUUUGAUUUUGUCACUAUAAAUAUUUAAAAAAAACAACAAUUACCAAUUUUAUUGACAUAUGCUAUUUAAUACAAUAAAAAUACAAAGUGCAA